CAACCGGUAAUACCGCAUAUACAUCUUCGAGUCCGAGCCCCGAUUCUCUGUGUCUUGUAUUUUCCAGAACCUUUUCUCUUCAUUUUCUCUUUCUCUUUCUCUAUAUUACAACAACAACAAGCCCUUUUCUCUCAGCUAUAUUAACAAACACCUUGUGAUCUCAUCUGGGUUCAUCAUCUCCAACUCGACUCAAGACUCAAAACCAUGCUGCAGUUCUUUUUCACGGCGGCUUUCUCUGCAAUCCCUUUGACUCUCUAUAUUCCUCCGCCCAGAAACGUCAACCUCUUCGUGGAGACCGUGGAAGAUGCUUUGAGAGAGUCCAGGCCUUACACCGAUAGGCUCUUCCCUCGAGCUCGCCGUAUAUGGUCCUGGAUCUUAUCUUGGGUCCUCUGUGGCCCAAGAACAAGAAGAAGGUAAUCUGGUUUGUAUAAAGUUAGAAACUUUGUUUUUGGUUUUCUGUGUUUAUCAUCAAACCAUGAGAUGUCACACAGUUGAAGAUUGAACAAAGAAGAAGGAGUGAGAGUGAAACGAAGUAAAGAAUGAGGCUUUUUUUUACAUAUGUAUGUACAAAAGAGCUAAUGUACUUUACUUUUGAAUAUUAGAUUUUAGAAUUUUUACUUUCAUGAAUGUAAAGCUCAAACGUUGAACUUAGUAGCUUAGCUGUUUCAAUGUAUUUAUCUGGUUUAGUUUUCCCAGAUUUGGAUUUU